CCUUCAGUUACUCACGCAAACAACAUGGCGACGUGCAGGAAGAUGGUGCGAAACAGGAGACAUAUUUGCGCUCUUUCGCUGAUUAUUUGCCUCCAAAUGUUAACCAGCAGCUGCCUGCCAGUUCCAUUAAAUACCACGACGGAAGAGAAUCGAGGGGGAAUCGCAUCUCAAAAUGUUACCACUGCAAACAAGAAAGCAGGUGGCUCACAGCCUCCGCCAGCUCAGCAGAUUUCAACGACUUUAACAGAUCCCAAGAAGCCUGCGAUAUCUGCUGGCGAUGACUCCUCUGACGCACAGGCUCCUUCAGACAUCACCGGAACAGCCACUGGGCCAAAAACGUCUGAAGUGCUCAAUAAAACAAAUCCAGGCACCGUCAUUAACUCCUCUGAUAAGACAAUGCAGCAAGGACCCGUCAAAAAUGGGGACGCAAUAGCAGAUGAGGACCCAGGCAAGGUUUCUGCAGAUGUCCCAGGCAAGGUUUCUGCAGAUGUCCCAGGCAAGGUUUCUGCAGAUGUCCCAGGCAAGGUUUCUGCAGAUGUCCCAGGCAAGGCUUCUGCAGAUGUCCCAGGCAAGGCUUCUGCAGAUGUCCCAGGCAAGGCUGCUGCUGCGGUCCCAGGCAAGGCUGCUGCUGCGGUCCCAGGCAAGGCUGCUGUUGCGGUCCCAGGCAAGGCUGCUGUUGCGGUCCCAGGCAAGGCUGCUGCUGCGGUCCCAGGCAAGGCUGCUGCUGCGGUCCCAGGCAAGGCUGCUGCUGCGGUCCCAGGCAAGGCUGCUGCUGCGGUCCCAGACAAGGCUGCUGCUGCGGUCACAGACAAGGUUGUGACAAAAGAUGCUCCUGAAGCCCCUCCAGCUUCUAGUCCAGAAGUUCCCGCCACCCCUUUCAAAGUCCCUGAACCAUCCAGACCUGUAACGGAGGAGACAGAGGAAUAUGAGUCCAAACCCUCCACUGUUCUGAACCCAUCCACAGGGCAGGAUAAUGAUCCACACAGGCAGACUCACAGUGGACCUUUACCUCACAUCAGUCUGGAUGAUUACACAGAUGAUGCCGAUGACACUGCCUACGAGGACAACGACAUCUUUGAAAACAACGACGACGACGAAGAUGACGAAGACGACAUCGACGUCAAAGACCAGAGUGUGAGCAGGCUGCAACCGGAUGGGAUGGAGGACACCCGUUACAAGGGAGCGGACAGCUACAACACGGAGGAUGAGGACUCCCACUUCUUCUUCCAUCUGGUCAUCCUGGCUUUCCUGGUGGCCAUUGUUUACAUCACCUAUCACAACAAGAGGAAGAUCUUCCUCCUGGCUCAGAGCCGGCGCUGGAAGGACGGUCUGUGUUCCCGCAACACCGUGGAGUAUCACCGCCUGGACCAGAACGUGGACGAGGCCAUGCCGUCCCUCAAGAUGACCCGGGACUACGUGUUCUGAUGAACCAGACCUGCACAGACCUGCUCGGAGCCAGCUGGCCUUUGUGUUCGGCCAGUCCUGUUGUUGAGACGCUGCGCUUUGUCCCGGAGCCUCACUGAUGCUUUCUGAGACUUAUGUCUUCGGGAUAGAAUUCUGUUGUCUGCAUAGAGAGAUUUUUACUUUAUCUAUUUUUCUUAUUUGUUAUAUUAUUUGACUUCUUGGGAUUUCAUAUUUUGGUUUAUUAGGGGUCUUUAUAUUUGUCUUUUUUUAGAGUGUUUUAGUCUUGCUAAUGGGUCAAAAUAUAGUGCUUAAUUAUUACAGUUCAUUAUUUACCCCAAGAUUAGUUCUAGGUUUCUCUCCCAGCAGUUAGCCAAGAUAUGAAUUAACACACAAAGCAUUUUCUUUUCAAAGCACUUGUUAUCAUGCAUAUGUUUGUAUACAAACAAAGCUAGUAAUCCUGCAGGAUCUGAUGCAUAUAUAUGCAGUCAUUCCCAACAACUCUCCAGCGCUCAUGUGGAAAUGGUCCAUUUGUCAUCGAUCUUAUACAGUAAGAAGUGAAGUACUGUAAAAUGACAAAAAACUAAACAUUGGGAAAAUGUAUUUAAAUGCACCAGUUCAAAAUAUAUGUGUUUCAUUUGUUUUAUCUCACAAAGAAAGAAAUCACAUAAAAUGCAGUUCAAAUGACUUUUUCACCUGUUUAACUGCUUCCUGGCGCACCUUUGCAACAAGUGUAUAAAAGCCUUUUUCAUUUAGAUUUGACCUUCUAUGAGGAAAGUGAAGUCUCAGUUACAUGUGGGGAAGUUAAGCUGCACAUACAGUUAAGGAGGCUCCAUGGGCUGAAGCCAUUUAAAUGAAGACAGGCACUGAACACUGUUCAGGUUAGAAUGUACUAAUAUAAUGUGGGAGAAGUCUUCCCCCGUGUUCAUCGGUUUAUGUUUUACUCGUCUACGGUACCGCUUGUACUUCUACCCCCCCAGAUUUUGCUAUGCAGAAGUCCUGUUUUUUAUGACUUCGGUGAAGUCUAUCAAUCCUUUAUGGUCUUCCUUGUGGUUCCCUCAUGCUCACACACAACUUUUCAUUUGUAGCUACUUCCUGUCAGUUUGGUGGACUUAUAUCUGUUAAUCAGAAAUCUUACACGCUCUGUGUGGCCUGACCACAAACACGAAGAACAGACCGCUUCCUAGUCAUCACAACCUCACGUGUUUCUGUCCGUCGCCGUCUCAUGCCUUCAAUCGAAAUGCCGUAACAGCCACAUGAAUCCGCAUAUUUUGUUAUUAAUCUCUCGUCGCCUUCUGCCAGUUGUUUGUCGGCUGUCUUGUCCAUCUAUAGAAGUUCCAGUGGUUGGUUUGAUGGGAUUUGCACUGUGAUGUUCAGUCAUAUUAGAGUAUGAGGGGAGGAGCUUUAUGUAAAGAUGGUGGAUCACCACUGCUCUUGCAAUCAACAGUUGAAAACUGUACAAUCUUUUUUUUUUUGUCAAUAAAGCACAAAUUGUGAACAGAG